AUGAAAAUCCGAUCAGUAUUCGACGGCGGAGCAUUGAAAACCGAAUUCGAGAAAAUAGGAAUCGACCCAAAGUUCGUUCCAAUCAUAUGGAAGCAUCUCUUUCUCACUCUCAGAAACACUAACACUGAAAUCAAUUCCGAUUGUAAUUGGGAAUGGGAAAAACACGUUCCUUCUUUACCUUCUUCAGCAUAUCCACUCCUCCGUUCCAAUUUCAAAACCCCUCUCUCUUCUACUCUCCACUCCGUUUUCCACUCUUCUGAUAACCUCACUUCAAAGCUCCUCAUCAAGCUGAAUAAUGGAGAAUUUGUGGAGGCUGUGAUAAUGAGAUAUGAUACUCGUUUGGGGAAAUAUGGUGGGAAACCACGUCUUGGUGGUCCCAGAGCUACUCUCUGUAUUUCUUCUCAGGUAGGUUGCAAAAUGGGUUGUAGAUUCUGUGCAACUGGAAGUAUGGGAUUCAAAAGUAAUUUAUCUUCUGGAGAAAUCGUGGAGCAAUUGGUUCAUGCCUCUAGUUUCGCACAAAUCCGUAACGUUGUCUUUAUGGGAAUGGGAGAGCCUCUGAACAACUAUUCUGCUGUGGUAGAAUCUGUUCGUAUCAUGACUGGGUCACCAUUUCAAUUGUCAUUCAAAAGGAUUACCAUCUCAACGGUUGGCAUCAUUCAUGCUAUCAACAAGCUUCAUAAUGAUUUGCCUGGUUUGAACUUGGCAGUCUCACUACACGCACCAGCCCAAGACAUCCGUUGUCAGAUAAUGCCCGCUGCCCGUGCUUUCUCUUUGGAAAAACUUAUGAAUUCACUACAAGAAUAUCAAAGGAAAAGUCUGCAGAAAAUAUUAAUUGAAUACAUUAUGCUUGAUGGUGUGAAUGAUGAAGAGCACCAUGCCCACCUAUUAGGAAAACUGUUGGAGACAUUUGAAGUGGUAGUGAACUUAAUACCUUUCAACUCCAUUGGUACAUUGAGUCAAUUCAAACCUACUAGUGAGCAGAAAGUGUUCAACUUUCAGAAAAUUUUAAGGGGUACCUAUGAUAUUCGAACAACAGUUCGGAAGCAGAUGGGUGAGGACAUAAGUGGUGCCUGUGGGCAGUUGGUGAUUAAAGCACCUGAUAUGUCUCUUGGAAAUGCGGAUCCCCUAACGGAUAUAGAAGAUCUUGUAAUUUGA